AGCUCUAAUGUCAUUUUUAUGUCAAAGUGGUCCUUAGAAAUUUAGUGAAUUUUAUAUUUUAAUAAUUUCUUACUCGUUUUUAUAAAAAUUGUCCUAAAAAGCAAUUAAUUAGAUGCUAUGCAAUAGGUUGUAUUAAAUUUCAUCUAUUAAAUACUAUAAUGGCGGACAGAGAUCUGUCAUUAGGACCUCGAGAAGGAGUAACGUACCCGGUUAGGGUUCAAUACUGUGGAAACUGUUCUAUGCCGAUAGAAUAUUGCGAAUAUUAUCCUGAAUAUGAUAAAUGUAAACAAUGGUUAGAGAAAAAUUUACCAACAGAGUUUGAAAAAGUGAAAAUAGAUGAAGAAGAUAAUGCAGGUGGUGAAGAAGAAAAAAAACGCCAGAAGCGUGGUGGUAAGGGUAUGCUAAAGUCUAAGAAAAAGGAUGAAGUUCCCAAGUUAGUUCAAGUAUCCCGAGCUCCUCGAGGGAAAAAGAAAUCUGUCACAGUUGUGUCUGGUUUAAGUACUUUUGCUAUAGAUUUGAAAGUUGCAGCAAAGUUCUUUGGCACAAAAUUUGCAUGUGGAUCGUCAGUUACUGGUGAAGAUGAAAUAGUUAUUCAAGGUGAUGUGAAGGAUGAUCUAUUUGAUGUAAUUCCUGAAAAGUGGCCAGAGAUUGAUGAAGAUAGUAUUGAAGAUUUGGGAGACCAAAAGAGAUAGACUGAAUAUCAGUAAAUUAUGAUUCUGUUCUCUUGAUUGCAACAACAGUCGUUCUUUUAUUUGGGCAAAAUAGAAAUGAAAUUUUGUCAAUCAUUUAUUUAUUUUAUCAGCUUUUGUCAUAAAUAAAGAAUACUUUUACAGGAAGAAA